AUGUCUUUUUGCCACAAUAUAAUCAAUACUUCCUGUGUGAGAAGCAGCUGGUCAAAUGAUGUCCGUGCCUCCCUAUAUAGUUUAAUGGUGCUCAUAAUUCUGACCACAAUGGUUGGCAAUCUGAUAGUUAUUAUUUCCAUAUCACACUUCAAGCAACUUCAUACCCCAACUAACUGGCUCAUUCAUUCCAUGGCCAUAGUAGACUUUCUGCUGGGGUGCCUGGUCAUGCCUUAUAGCAUGGUGAGAUCUGUUGAGCACUGCUGGUAUUUUGGAGAAGCCUUCUGUAAAAUUCACACCAGCAUUGAUAUUAUGCUGAGCUCAGCAUCCAUUUUCCACUUGUCCUUCAUUUCUAUUGACCGCUACUAUGCUGUGUGUGACCCGUUGAGAUACAAAGCCAAGAUCAGUGUCUUGGUUAUUUUCGUGAUGAUAUUCAUUAGCUGGAGCAUCCCUGCUCUUUUUGCAUUUGGAAUGAUCUUUCUAGAGCUAAACUUCAAAGGAGCUGAACAGAUGUAUUGUGAACACAUUCAUUGCUUAGGGGGAUGCUCUGUCUUCUUUAGCAAACCAUCUGGGGUACUGGCCUUUAUGACUUCUUUUUAUAUACCUGGAUCUAUUAUGUUGUGUGUCUAUUAUAGAAUAUAUUUCAUAGCUAAAGGGCAGGCAAGAUCAAUUAAUGAUGCCAAUCAGAAGCUUCAGAUUGGAUUGGAAGAGAAAAAUGGAGUUUCACGAAGCAAAGAAAGAAAAGCUGCAAAGACUUUAGGGAUUGUGAUGGGAGUUUUCCUAAUAUGCUGGUGUCCUUUCUUUGUUUGCAUGGCCAUGAAUCCUUUCCUGAACUAUACCAUCCCACUCACCUUGAAUGAUGCAUUGAUUUGGUUUGGCUAUUUGAACUCCACUUUUAAUCCAAUGGUUUAUGCAUUUUUCUAUCCCUGGUUCAGAAGAGCACUGAAGAUGAUUGUAUUUGGUAAAAUUUUCCAAAGAGAUUCAUCGAGGUAUAAAUUAUUUCUAGAAUCAAAUCCAUAG